AUGGACGCAGAAUCUACGAAACACGACCAGAAUGUGUUUAUGAAAGGUGAGUAUGAUUUACGUGGUGGCAAACAAACGGACUCCUUUUAUGAUACAUUUCCCGAAAUUGAAUCAGAUGCUAGAGCAUUCGUUGUCCAAGCAUGUUCGCAAAGAUCAGCGGAGUUUAAAGCAGCGGACCUGGCUCAGUUCAUCGAUACAAAAUAUUAUGAACUAAUCGGAAUUGAAAAACAAAUUGGAGAUGAUUUGAUAAGAUCGGAAAGAAGUUGUCGUCUGGACCCCUGUAGGUGGGGAGCUAAAUUCGAAGCGAAUUCACAACGUCCAUAUUUUGAAGGACAUGAAAGAGAUGAUGUGAUGAAACAUCGUAAUGAGUUUAUUAGUUAUUUUCUAACACAUAAGGAUUCUUAUUACACCACUCCUGAUAAAAACAUAAACGAGUCUUAA